AUGUCUCUCGAAACAAACUGGCAAACGACAAGACCCACCAUCAGAGAAAGAGCCAAGUUUAUGCUCAACAACGAUCGCUUGAGCGAUGUCAAGUUUGUUGCUGCUAACAGCAAUGGCAAAAGCGGAAGUAAGCAAGUGAUUCCAGCUCACAAAUUCAUACUGUCGAUUGGCAGUCCUGUGUUUGAAGCCAUGUUUUACGGUGAACUGGCGGAGACUAAAGACACUGUUGAACUGCCUGACUGUGAUUGCGAGAGUCUGUUGGAGUUGUUUCGAUACAUGUACAGCGAUGAAGUGAAUUUAAGCGGAAGUAAUGUGAUGGGAGUGUUAUACUUGGCCAAGAAAUACAUUGUGCCUUCACUCGCCGAUAAAUGUACGGAAUACCUGCAAGAAAAUAUGGAUCCUUCGAAUGUUUUUGGCAUCCUGCCAUCUGCACAGAAAUAUGAAGAGAAAGCCUUGGUCGAUCGAUGCUGGAAAGUGAUUGAGAAUCAGACAGGAGUGGCUUUGAAAUCGGAAGGAUUUGAGACAAUUGAGAGAUCCUUACUUGAACAAGUAGUCGCAAGAGAUAUUCUGUCGAUCAAAGAAGUCUCCUUGUUUGAAGCUGUUGAUCGAUGGGCAACGAAACAAUGCGAAAAGCAAAGUUUAACAGCAGAUGGUCAAAUCAAAAGAAGAAUUCUUGGCGAACAAAUUGUCAAAGCAAUACGAUUUCCAGUGAUGAGGGGAGAGGAGUUUGCUUCUGACGUUGUUGAUACAAACAUUCUUACUUCGGAUGAAACAACUGGCCUGUUUAAGUAUUUUCUAAUACAGACCCCUCCGGUGGGUUUCUUAACGACUCGAAGACGGCCUUGUGUUAUUCAUCGAUGUGAAAGAUUUCAAUCACAGUCGGGAACUUGGAAUUACGGAGGCUCGCGUAAAGACUUUCUUGGUUUUACCGUGAACAAAAACAUCUUUCUACAUGGACUGUGCUUGUUUGGCAGUUAUGGCUACAGCUACACAGUAACUUUGGAGAUCAAAGAUACUACUAGCCUGAGAAACGUAGGGGCCCAAACAGGAACAUAUUCUUCAAAGCUUUUGCAAUCCAAAACCAACUGUAACUAUUAUGGAUUUGAAGUUUUGUUUGACUCUCCUACUUACUUAAAGAAAAACACCCCGUAUCUAGUUGAAGCCUUAGUAUCUGGUCCGCAGUCUGGAAGAGGAUCAAACGGAUUUACAGAUGUGAAGGAGUCAGGUGUUACCUUUUCAUUUUCAGCCGUAGAAAUGAUAGGCAAUAACAAUACAGAUGUUUCCAAAGGUCAAUUUCCCCAUUUUCUGUUUUCUGUUUAGAAGGUGAAAAGCAACAUGCGACAGUAUCGAAAAAGCUCUCGGCUUUUUUAAUGUGCAUAAGCGAAUUCCAGCUGCACUCAGCCCCCCCUUCAGCAGCACCCUCCCGGGCUGACCCCCGGGCAUAAGCCAUAAGGGGUUGGGACUCUUGAGCUGUCAAAUCCCCCGGAGUGGGGACGAAAAAAGAGGGCAAACGCCCCGUCCUCCGUCAGCAACAUUUGUUAUUGAUUGCAGAGUCAAAUAGUGCCGUUUUAGACAUUUUAAUGUGCGGUUUUUUGUUUCAAGUAACGUCUUCCUUUGUAAUAGCGCUAGGAUUCUAAUUUUCAAAAGUCUUCACGCCGCGACGACAUGCACCAGUUUAUGGUUUUAAUAGUAUCGAUAUAAAACUAUUGACAUUAAAAUUAAUAGAGUGCUCUAAAGCUAUAUGUUAUGAAUAGGUUAUAAAUAAUAUCAACAGAAAUUUGAUUCACUAACCAAAAAACGUCUAUUCACGUUGAUAGCUCCCAAGUUUCGCUAUGUAAUUCUGGCUUAAUAAGCAAUGAAGAAAUAUAUGCAUAAAAUCGAGAACAUGCCUUUACAAACCCCUGUCCUUGACAGAUGAGCUAAUCUGCCUUUCUUCCAGUGAUAUCCUCUGUGUAGUUAUAUUCUGAUAGGAAACCAAGGUCAUGUCAAAAGCUCGGGAAUAGCCCCGCGGUUGGCAAAUGCCCGAACCCAGGGCAGCGCAAAAUUUGCAAAUGCCCCACCCCUCCCCCACCCCCGGGACUGAGAAGGCGGGCAAAUGCCCCGCAGUAGCCCGUGGGGGGACCGGGCCCAUCUGGAAUUGACUGAUGCAUUACAUACCACUUAGCUUUUAUAGCAACCUUUUGAGGCCUGUAAAACACAUACCAGUAAGUUGCUGACGAAAUCAGACAGUAGUAGAGCUGCGUGCUAUCGACGAUCCAGUGAAAAUGCUUCUAUAUUACUAAAGAGCUGUGCACCAUAUGGCCGAUACGGUAGCUAGCAAGGAAACCACCACGGAAAAUCCCAAAUUGACUGGUCUCCAUUCUUCUCGCAGCUUACAGCCAAAGCAAAAACACGUUAAAAGAACCCCGUGCAAUAAAACGAUGACGAGGUGCGAAAUUCCGUCACUGCUAAACAGUUUAUUCCUGAGAGAAGACCUGUGCAAGAUUCUGCUGUUGUUUUU